CAUUUCGCAAGCCACCGAAACACGUUUUGUAUCUUAGCUACAUCAAAACUACACCAAUAGAUAUCUACGAGGGAACUCAACUCCCCUUAAAUAACGGUAAUUAGAACGAAUUUAACUUGAAAUUUGUGUAUAAGAGAACGAUUGCGACCUUUGUGUAGCCUUUUGUUAAUGUGUUUUCGACGUCAACAAGACUGCAAAGCAAUAAAUUCGAUGAAUAUUGAUUAAUAUUUUGCUUGGUUGACAGGUAUGCUGGGUAUCUAACAUACAUCGAUCUCACUGAAUUUAAACGAAUGUUCUAUCAUUCAGUAUUUCCUAUCAUUCAAACAGGAGUGAAUAUCAAUAUCCAAUAUUUGUCACUGGUUAAGGGAGCUUCGGUGUUAAACCUGUUUGGUCCUAAAAACCUUUUGUCUAAAUGAAAAUAAUUAUUCGCGACAACAGAAAAACCAUGAAACAAUAUUUACAUGUACAGUGUUUUUCCGCAUGCUUUUCUGCAUAAUAUAAUCAGCGGACAGAAAAUCUGUGCAGGUUCUUCCCGUUUCAGUUUCUUUUCUCUUCCUAUUUUCUUAUAAACACCUUCAUGGCUCUAAACGAAAGCCUGAAGAUAAUCCAAAGUAGUCGAAUCUCUGUUUCCUUGACGAAAUGCAAAACAGUUUCAACAAAUGCUACGUGACAGAUGGUCAUCUAAAGAAAAACAUGAAAAAGGCGACACGCGACAAUUCUAUGAAUAUUUAAACACCGAUUCGUUGACAGAAAUUCUUGCAUGCCUUAAUCAACCAAAUCAAGCUUGUUUACACCGUUGAGUUCCAAGGUGUGGAAAGGGCCAAAUCGACCUGAUUCCUACCCGCCAGUUAUCGCCCGUCUCGGGUGUUUAUUCAGUCAGAUACUUAUCAUGGCAUAAGCUGAUCGUUUUUUCUCGGUCGACAUGAAUGGAAAAGGAAGCGUGGUCGUUCCCAUCAAAUGGAAAAUCGCUGUCGCUAUUCUAUUCCUUCUCUGCGUUGGGCUGCUAAUAGCACUCAUCGUGGUCGCUGUCGUUUUCUCCCAGUACAGAGACAAAUAUCCGAGCGAUACUGAAAGCAACACGUGUGCAGAGGGUAUUCUCAACGAGGGAGAACCACCGAAAACGAAGGGUAUUUUUAAUGACCUCACAAGCGAAGAGUUAAUCGCCGCGAGGGAUUUCAUGCUAAAACAAUCCUCACUGAAGCUAAAGAGAAUUGAAAACGCUUCCGUUAAAGACAAUUACAUCUACAUGAUACAGCUACACCCUCCCGAAAAAGCAGCGGUCUUGGACUAUUUAGAAGAAGACAAGGCGAAACCCGCAAGGAAGGCACUUGUUGUUAUUUUUGAGGGUGAAGGCAGUCCUCCCUUUGUUCAGGAAUACAUUGUUACAUGGCCAAACAACAGUGGGGAGAUGACAUACGAGAAACGCAAUGGCAACCCCAUCCUUUUUAACGUGCGUCCUUACGAUCAAGUACAACGUAAGGCCCUAACUAAGAUCGUGUUAGAAGCCACAACAAAGGCUUUUCGCCUUUUAAACGAAAGCUACGAUGGUUUCUGCUACCACAACUGCACAAACAAGCUCUUGAAAUUUCACCCGCAGGGACCGUUUGGAAAAACAAGAGACGAACGAACGACCUGGCUUCAAUUCACGCGCGAUCUCGAAGGCGGAUCACUGAACCCAGUCGAUUUUCAACUGUACAUAGAUUUCCCUGGUUCUGACGUCUCCAAAUGGAAAAUAAACAAGGUUUACUACAACGGACAAACAUUCAACACCGUCGAUGACCUCCUCUUUCAAUACAAUAAGCUGAACGCCAUUUCAAAAUCCUUUAUUCCCGCGCCAAAAACACCGUUGUUUUCGUCAUACGACCCCAGUGGAAUCCCCCUAUCGCAGAAGGCAAGGCGCAGCCCCAGGAUGUUUGAGCCCGAUGGAAAGAGAUUCAGCGUCAGCGGUCGCCACAUCAAGUACAUGCAAUGGAGCUUCGAUUUUCGGAUGGAUUCGGUUUCAGGUCCUCAACUCUUCGACAUUCGAUUCAAAGACAAAAGAAUCAUCUACGAACUUAGUCUUCAGGAGGCGAUAUCGUUCUACUCUGGCUUUUCUCCGUACUUUAUGGCCGCUAACUUCGUUUAUGGCGGAUGGGCAAUGGGAACGAAAACUUUCGAACUGGUUGGCGGAGUUGACUGUCCCGAAACGUCUAAAUUUUUUGAUGUUGUGCAUUUCGUGGAUACAGACCAGCCACAAGUGAUCAAGAAUGCGGUGUGCGUGUUUGAAAUGGACAGCGGCAUUCCCCUAAGACGCCAUUUUGAAACCAACGGUACAGGGUACAAGUUUUAUGAAGGUUUAGCCAGUCGUGUGUUAGUUCUGCGCACGAUCAUUACCGUUCGCAAUUACGAUAACAUCUUUGACUUCGUGUUUUAUCAAAGUGGAGCCAUAGAAGUCAAAUCAACUCCGACCGGCUAUGUGCAAUCUGAAAAUGACAGGCCUGAAGUGGAGGAUGACUUGUUCGGACACGAAAUUCACACAAAGCUGCUUGGAAAUUUGCACGACCAAAUCUUUCAUUAUAAAGUUGAUCUCGACGUCGACGGCAGGUCGAAUUCGAUUGAAAAGAUUGAAAUUAGCACCCAAGAUACAGCAAAUGAUUGGCUCCCACCGGAAAGAAGAAUUUUAAAAGUUCUUCGGUCUCAAGUAAUGCGACUUGAGACUGACUCAGCGGAAGUGAAAAAGAUCGAUUUUGACAAGCCGACCUUCUUCAACGUCUAUAGCGAUAACAAAAACAAGUUUGACUCAAAGAGAGGAUAUCUUAUUCAACCCCUGUCAGCGGUCAAGCAAUUACUUCCAGAGAACUAUUUCAUCACAAAGAUGGCUCCGUGGUCGGUUUAUCCACUCGUUGUCACGAGAUACAAAGAAACUGAGCUAAGAAGUAGUUCACUUUACAACCAGAACAGUCCAACCCAACCAGUUGUCGACUUCGAAAGUUUCUUCCAAAGUGCAAAUGAUCGUAUCACCAACGUAGAUCUCGUCGCUUGGGUUUCUAUUGGCUGUAUAGAAAUUCCGAGUUCCGAAGACGUCCCGAACGUUGCUUCGGCUGCAAACACGGCGAGGUUUUUUCUUCAGCCGUUUAAUUACUUCGACGAAGGACCUUCCACGGAUUCCAGCAAUGCGGUGUUUAUUAAACAGGAUGAAGACAAGAGUAAUGUAGCUCAAAGUUCCGUAUUGUCCGACGAAGAGGUCUGUGUGCCGAAGAAAUAUGAUAUCAACUUGAAAGGAAGUUACGAGUGAUCUAUAUCUGAACUAAGGAGCAAUGCACAUUAAAUGCGUAGGCUUGUGGUCAAUUAUGUCAUAUUUAUGCUUGCUAUUAAUGAGUAAAUGGUAGAGUUCAAAGUUAACGCUGAAGCUGACGGCUAGAAGUUUAAACAGCGCCCAAUACCUGUAGCAUAGAACUGCCCGGCAGAAAGACAGCUGGGGAUACGGGAAUCAAAGAAUUUGAAACAACUGAUGUGUUGUUUUAGCGGAGACCACCUGGAAUACAGCUUUACAGACAGAUGGAUAGGGAUAGUAGUCAUUCAAACAAGUGAAGCGAUUGUAUGAAAGUUUCACGUGGUGAUUCGCGUGAGAUUAGCUUUGCACGCCCCAGAAAAUAUAUAUAUAUAUAUAUCGCUGGCUUGCAAGGAAUGGUCCUGGUAAGGGCCUGGAACCGCUUUCUUAGCCUAUUGAAGUAGCGCACUAUAACCAGCUCACGCGCCUUCUAUCAACAUAUCAAUCUAAAAACAAAUUAUAACAGCUCCAUUUACAGCAGGGCCUUUCAAAAUGUCUGCAGCAAACUACCUAAAUGUGAGCAGGAGUUGGCUGUUUUAAAAGUACUCCACGAUGUUGCCGGCAGUUGUGCAAAGAGAGUAAGAUUGAUAUUCUGGAAGACUCGAGGAAUUCACAAAGACAGGAAUAGAAAUGUGACACAAUAGACAUUUGACAUCUAGGAAGAUAAAGACACUGUGUGCUUGUUUGAAAGCAUGCUAGUUUUUUUUAAUAUACUACCUCAUUUUACCAGAAUAUGAAGCUUUUCGGGAAGAAAAUCCCGUCUCCAAAGAACGAGUGGGGUUUAAAACCAUCCAUUAACACUAUACUAAGUAAAAUCUCUCUGAUUAUGUAUCUAUCAUAUUAAUCUUCUAAAUUUCUUAAAAGUGUAUAACUGUCUCCUGUAUAGGACGGAUUCAGUUGCAACUUCAAUUUUGUAUUUUGCUGUUACCUUUAUUUUAUUAUGAUAACCACUUUUUGGAUGCCAACCUUUACAUGCAUCUCGCCAUGUUAAAACCUCGUCUUCCUAGUAAUAUGUAUUACAAAAAUAAACGUACGCCACCGACAUUAAAAAUGUUAUAAAAGUAACUGUCAUAGUAACUUUUCAACUGCUCAAGUAUUGUGUUUUAAUUUAUAGUGGUUCUUGCAAGACUCAAAGCAAAAUCACAUAAAGAAUGUAGAAUUGCAACCGUUGUCAGAGGGCACAAAUACAAGUAAU